AUGCAUGUGUUGUUAACAAACGAUGAUGGCCCGUUGAAUGAUGUAUCAUGUCCUUAUAUCAAAUAUCUUGUGGAUGAAAUAAAUGAAACUACAGACUGGGAUUUAUCUAUAGUUGUUCCAAAUCAACAAAGAUCGUGGAUCGGUAAAGCCCAUUUUGCUGGGAAAACCUUAUAUACCACGUACAUUUAUACAAAGAAUUCUACAAAGAUUAAGAACGAUAAGAUAAAUUCUUUUGAAGGUCCUUUUUACUCUGCCAAUGAAAAAUUACAAAAGGAUCCUGAGUACCAAGAGUGGUGUCUAGUUGAUAGUACUCCUGCUGCGUGUGCAGAUUUAGGAAUUCAUCAUUUAUAUGGUGAAAGAAAACCUAUUGAUUUAGUCUUAAGCGGACCUAACCUUGGUAAAAACUCAAGUAACUUGUACAUAUUGGCUAGUGGUACGGUUGGUGCGGCAAUGGAGGCUGUAACGCAUGGUAUCAAGUCAAUUGCAUUAUCGUAUGCGUUCAUCAACUCAGACCAUGAUUAUGAUAUUUUGAAAGAAGCUGCGAAGAUAUCGGUCAAAUUAAUCAAGAAGUUGUAUAAACAAUUGCAAGAGCUGAAGGAUAUUGAUUUAUAUUCAAUUAAUAUUCCUUUAAUUGAAUCGUUAAAAUUGGGGAAAACAAACAUACAUUACACUCCAAUCCUUGAAAAUUAUUGGGCUUCCAUUUACUCUAAGGCCUCGGAAUUGAAUGAAUUGGGACAAGAACAAUUCCAUUGGAAUCCUGAUUUCAAAAAGGUCUAUAAAGAUGGUUUAACUGACUACAGACACACUGAUAGUCGUGUGUUGUUAGAUGAGGGUAUUAGUGUGACUCCUUUGAAAGCAUCUUUUCAUAUCGCUGAGCCCCGCUCAGGUGAAAUAAUAUUGGAUAAUGACGAUGAAGAAUCUAGUCAACUCUUGACUAAAUUAUCACUUAAUGAAUCGUUAGUAUUUUUAAUAACCGUUGGAGAUGAUUCGUAUAUUUACGCCCCAUUGGUCAAAGCAUUCAAGAAGAGCUUUUCUAAUGUUACUAUAACUGAGGAUGCAUCAAUUUUGUCUGAAAUUAAGUCUAAUCCAAAUUUAAAAGUUUUCCACUAUGGAGAGUAUGAAGAUUUAGAUAUAGAUUUAAUAUCGGAGUAUCCAAAGCAGUACUUCAUUCCGUCUUAUAUCUACCGUAAAGCUUUGAUUCGUAAGCACUUCUUGGCUAAUACAAUUCAUCAUUUCAUUGCAAAAAACCCAUCACUGGUUUUAGCCAACGCUACUCCAACUAGUUAUCAAUUAGAAGUUGAUUAUGCAGAAUUUCUCGAUGACGCGUUAGAUGAAUGCUACGAAUUAAGGGAUGAAAUAGAAACAGACGAGAAAGUAUGGAUUUUGAAACCAAGUAUGUCUGAUAAGGGUCAAGGAAUUAGGAUUUUUAAGUCCAUUGACCAAUUACAAGAAAUAUUUAAUUCUUUCGAACAAGAUAGCGAUGAUGAACAGGAAGAAGAUGAUGAUAAAAAUGGUGUCAUAAUUUCUCAAUUACGCCACUUCAUUGUGCAAGAAUACAAGAGAAAUCCCUUAUUGUUAUCCACUUAUUCCAAUAAAAAGUUCCACUUGAGAACAUAUGUGGUCUGUUGUGGUAAUCUUAAAGUCUACGUUUACAAAAAUAUUUUGACACUUUUCUCUGACAUUCUGUACGAAGCACCAGAAGAGGACGAAAAUGGGGAAAUCCCAAUGUCUGGACACUUAACUAACACCUGUUUGCAGGAAGAUGCAACCCCUCUCGUUGUUCCAUUCUGGGAUCUUGAUGAUAAGAAAUUCCCUACUGCGAAAAAGGAAUUCGUAUUUGAUGAAGUUGCAAAAAUCACAGGUGAACUAUUCAAUGCUGCAACAAGUGUCGAUAAGAUGAAUUUCCAACCCUUAAAUAAUGCUGUCGAAGUAUUUGGGAUAGACUAUUUGGUAAAUGACGAUUAUUCAGUGACCUUGUUGGAAGUCAACUCUUAUCCAGACUUUAAACAGACUGGUGAUGAAUUGAAAAAUAUCAUAUACGAAUUGUUUGAUAAUCUUGUCACGGACGCCGUCAAGCCUUUAAUUACGGGUGAUGCCUCUGUCUCUUCAACAUCAUCAUUGGUUCCUGUAUUAGACCAAGUAAGUAGGUAUUAA